AUGAGCGCAUUCACCGAUGGCGAUGAUGACAAUGAACCAUCAAAAAGAGAAGAAGAAGAAUCAUCAAUUCAAAGUUCUUGCGAUUGUUAUGGAAUGAAAUGUGAUUGUUGUGUAGAUUUUAAUAUAUCAAAUGUAAUCGAUUUAGGAGGACCAGGUUGUGUCAAUAUAAAAUAUCUAUCCAAAGAAGAAGGAGUUUUGUUAAAUGUUUCUUAUGGUGAUAGCGUUUUACAUAGUCAAACGGUAACGAAUAAAACUAAAAAAGGUACAUGUAUGCCUUUGUUGAGUUAUUUUGCUGAAAUAUGUGCUAGAUUUUCGGAUUUGAAAGAAAGUGGUGAUGGUAUGGUCGGUUGUUUGAAUUUUGAACCAACUUUUUUGGGUGAAGUGACUGCUCAGUAUCCUGUUGGGUGUUUUAACAUGGGGCCAAAUGGUAUGACUGUUGAUAAAACCAUUGGUAACCUUACAGACACUGAUGAAACAUCUAAAGAAGAAGAAACGACGUGA